AUGGCGAAGGAGCUCGACAUUCCCACCUUCUACUUUUACACCUCUGGAGUAGCAGCUCUUGCGAUUUUUCUGUAUUUUCUGAAAAUCGGGGAACAAACCACUAAGAGCUUCAAUGAUUUGACCGAGACUGUUUUGGAGUUUCCCGGGUUGAAGUCUCCCCUGAAUGCCCCCCACAUGCCUGAGCCAAUGCUUGAUCGAGACUACCUUGCGUAUUGGGACAUGGUAUACUUCUGCUCAUACCUUCCCAAAUCUAAUGGGAUCAUAGCCAACACGUUUGAAGAGCUCGAGCCUCCUGCAGUCCUCAAAGCCAUUGCUGGAGGCCUUUGUGUUCCUGAUGCUCCCACUCCUCCUAUCUACUACAUCGGGCCGUUGAUUGUUGAAGAAAAAGUUGGGGAUUCUACAGAGGCAGAAGAUUGUUUAUCAUGGCUUGAUCAGCAGCCAAGUAGAAGUGUGGCGUUUCUCUGUUUUGGAAGUAGAGGAGCAUUCUCAGGGGCUCAAUUGAAGGAGAUAGCAGAUGGGUGGAGAAGAGUGGAUAGAGUCACGGGUGCCGCAAGUGGCUGUGUUGAAGAAGGUAUCAGUGGGCAGAACUCGGUGCUUGAAGCUGUGAUUGUAGGCGUGCCGAUGGUGGCAUGGUCGCUCAUGCAUAGCAGCAUUUGA